AUGGUGCCUGGAAGCAUAGCCAGCAGGUGGCGCGAGCUCCAUGGCAAGGACUCAUGGAAAGGCCUCCUGGACCCUCUCGACAUCGACCUCCGCUCGUCCGUCAUCUCCUACGGCGAGCUCGCGCAGGUCACCUACGACGGGUUUAACACGGAGGCGCGGUCGCCGCACGCGGGGGCGUGCGUGUACGGCCUCGCGGACCUGCUGGCCGCCAGCGCCGGCGGCAGCAACUGGUACAGGGUGACCAAGUUCGUGUACGCCACGUCGGGGCUGCAGGUGCCCGACGCGUUCCUGCUCCUGCCGCAGCCGGGGCUGCAGGGGCAGGAGCCGUGGUGCAGGGAGUCCAACUGGAUGGGGUACGUGGCGGUGGCCACGGACGAGGGCGCGGCCGCGCUGGGGCGGCCCGACGUCGUGGUGGCGUGGCGCGGGACGGUGCGGAGCCUGGAGUGGGUCAACGACCUCGACUUCACGCCGGUUCUUGAGGAGAUCAGGAGGCUGAUGGAGCUGUACAAGCACGAGGAGACGAGCAUCACCGUCACCGGGCACAGCCUCGGCGCGUCGCUCGCCACCCUCAACGCCGUGGACAUCGUCGCCAACGGCCUCAACACGCCCGCCGCCGGUGGCGGCGGAUCCUCCUCCUCCUCCUCCUCCUCCUCCUCCUCCCCGGUGACGGCCAUCGUGUUCGCGAGCCCGCACGUGGGGGGUCCCUUCUUCAAGGCCGCCUUCGCCUCGUUCGGGGACCUGAGGGCGCUGCACGUGAAGAACCAGGGCGACGUGGUGCCGCUGUACCCGCCGCUGGGGUACGUGGACGUGGCCGUGCCGCUGCCCAUCCACACGGCGCGCUCCCCGUGGCUGCGCCAGCCGGGAACGCCGCAGACGCUCCACAACCUCGAGUGCUACCUGCACGGCGUGGCCGGGGAGCAGGGCAGCGGCGGCGGCGCCGACGCCGACGGAGGAGGGUUCAAGCUGGAGGUGGACCGCGACGUGGCGCUCGUCAACAAGGCCGCCGACGCGCUCAGGGACGAGUACCCCGUGCCGGCCAAGUGGCGGGUGGCACUCAACAAGGGCAUGGUCAGGGGCGCAGAUGGGCGUUGGGUCCUCAAGGACUUCGAGACUUUCUGA